UUAAGAGAAGCCGUAGAGAGAGAACUGGCAAAAUUGGAAGCUGAAGGUGUCAUCUCACCCAUUAAUUACAGUGAGUGGGCAGCUCCAAUAGUUUGUGUGCCUAAAAAGGAUGACAGUGUGAGAAUAUGUGGAGACUACAAGGUCACCAUCAAUCCAUGGUUGAAUGUGGAACAGUAUCCACUACCCAAAACCCAAGAUUUAUUUGCUAAACUAGCAGGAGGUCAGCAGUUUACCAAAUUAGACUUGUCGCAGGCUUAUCAGCAAGUUCUGUUAGAGGACAAUUCAAGACGUUACCUAACUAUCAACACACACAGAGGGUUGUAUCACUACAAUAGGUUACCCUACGGUGUUGCUAGCGCCCCUGCUAUUUUUCAAAAGAUUAUGGAUCAGGUUCUUCAGGGCAUGGAAGGGGUCAUCUGUUAUUUAGAUGACAUCUUAAUUACUGGAAAAGAUACAGAAAGGCACCUGACUAACUUGGAAGACGUGCUUAGUAGACUUGAAACUUACAAUCUCAGGGUUAAAAGAGAGAAGUGUGCAUUCAUGCAGAACAGCGUUUCAUACUUAGGGCAUGUCAUUGAUGCCAUGGGCAUACAUCCAAUGAAGGAAAAGACAGAUGCUAUUCAGAGGGCUCCAGUUCCGAAAAAUGUAACUGAACUCAGGUCAUUCUUAGAGUUACAUAUCAUACUAGCAUGUGAUGCUUCUCCUUAUGGAGUUGGUGUUGUAAUCAGCCACAAAAUGAAAGAUGGAAGUGAGAGACCUAUCGCAUUUGCAUCCAGAAUGUUAACUAAAACAGAACAGAAUUACUCUCAACUGGAAAAAGCGGCACUGGGUCUUGUUUUUGGAGUUAUGAAAUUCCAUGACUAUCUUUAUGGAAGGAAAUUCUUGUUAUUGACAGACCACAAGCCA